AUGAGCAGCAUGAUUCAGGAGAUUUUUGCCUUUAUAUUAACAAUCUGCGGUUGGGUGCUCGUUUGCUCCACCUUGCCGACAGACUACUGGAAGGUGUCUUCCAAUGAUGGAAGCGUCAUCACAACAGCUUCCUUCUGGUCCAAUCUUUGGAAGACCUGUGUCACUGAUUCAACAGGAGUCUCCAACUGCAAAGACUUUCCCUCCAUGCUGGCACUGGAUGGCUACAUCCAAGCAUGCAGGGGGUUGACGAUUGCAGCCAUUUGUCUUGGUUUUUUUGGUUCCAUAUUCGCCCUCGUCGGGAUGAAAUGCACCAAAAUCGGCGGAACAGAUAACAGCAAAGCCAGAGUUGCUUGCUUCGCUGGAGUGAAUUUUAUUCUUAGUGGCCUGUGCUCACUGUCAGCGUACUCCCUCUAUGCACACAGGAUUACAUCAGAAUUUUUCGACCCGAUGUUUGUGGCUCAAAAGUAUGAGCUAGGAACUGCUCUGUUUAUCGGUUGGGGAGGUUCUGUCCUCUGUAUCCUCGGAGGCGUCAUACUUUGCUUCUCCAUCGCAGAUUCUUUCUCAAAAAGGAACAGUCAGGCCAAAAAUAUCUACAAAGGGGCUGCCUCUCACUCUCAUAUCUCCUCCUACCCAAGAGGGCAGGCAAGGUCUAUAAACCAGAGGCCACCUCCAGACUACAGCAACUCCUCCAGGAUCCAGCACUUUGAUAAGAAUGCAUAUGUUUGA